CAAAGUCCAUCUGCUGACGACGACCAUGCGAUAUGGUCGAAGGCUCUUGGAAAAGCUGCGUCCAAUUGUAAACAUACACACUAAAUCACUCAAUCGCUUCAAUGGAUUCGGGCUGGAAACCCCGCCUGUGGGCCGUCCCUUGCCGAGGCAUUAUAUUAUACCAAGACAUGCGUGUCUCCGGAGACAGAUCUGUAUUCUACUGCUCCAGACUGAGGAUCAGGGUGCCUCCAGCGCUUAAGACGUGCCUCUACAACACACAAACACACAGAGUCAUUUCUGCUGCCAAGACUGCUACACCUGCUCUGCUGCUUAAAGAUCACGCUUCUUUUUGGGAAAAUGAAACUUGAAGUUUUCUCAGCACAUCACUUCACGCAGAAGCCGCUGGAGUUGUGCAUGGACGCAGAGGGGGGAAUCCCGUCCCCUCUAUCCGGGGACGAUCUGGGGUCGGACGGGGACUGCGUGGCCAACAGCCCGGCACCUGUUACCCAGACCGGCGAAGGCAGCAAAGGGAAGCCCUACACCCGCCGACCCAAACCUCCUUACUCCUAUAUCGCCCUCAUCGCCAUGGCCAUCCGGGAGUCCAGCAGUGGCCGCCUCACUCUGGCAGAGAUCAACGACUACCUGAUGAAGAAGUUCCCGUUUUUCCGCGGCACUUACACCGGCUGGAGGAACUCGGUGCGCCACAACCUGUCACUCAACGACUGCUUUCUCAAAGUGCUGCGGGACCCGUCCCGGCCAUGGGGCAAGGACAACUACUGGAUGCUCAACCCGCACAGCGAGUACACCUUCGCUGACGGCGUGUUCCGCCGCAGGAGGAAGCGCAUCGCCAAGAGGUCCGCCAAGGAGCGGGAGAGCCCGGACAUCCUCAGCGAGGACACCCGCCUCCCCGCCCCGGAGGAGAGGGUGGGGGCCAAGUUCUCCAGCUCCUUCGCCAUCGACAGCAUCCUCAGCACACCCUUCAAACGCAGGGAGGACAGCCACGUCGAUGCGGAAACCCACGCCCCCCGGCUCUACUGGUCCCCAGGGGCCCACAUACUGCCUUACACUCUGUGCUACCCGGCACAGCGCACGUACCUGUCAGAGGCUGCGUACAGCAGCACAGAGCCCAGCAGAGAUGCACUCACGUACUACCUCCAGCAGACAGCGCCGGGCAUGGCUGCACCUGAGGCCGCUCUCCACGCGCGCAAGAUGCCCAACAAGGCGCGAGGUUUCCAUAUAGACUCCUUGCUGUCAUAAAGCACCCGGACUGUUGUCAGACUUGUAUGUUUUGACCCAUGAUGUGCACUUUUGUGGGCGCUCCUAGCUUUCAGUACUUUAGCUGUUGAACUGUUUGGGUCUGUACUGUAAGUCAUUCUGCAGUGAAAAAAAAAAUUGACCAUGGCCUGUUGUCAACUGUUUGGUGACUUGGCAAAUAGUUGCUGUCAUCGCAGGACAUUCCACUGCGAGUGCAUGUGGGUGCGUGUAUGUGUGUGCGUGUGUGUGUGUGUGUGUGCGUGUGCGUGUGCGUGCGUGUAUGUGCAUGAGUGUAUCCAUGGUUCUUUGGUCAUUUCCACUGUAUAACGGCAACCAAGCGCCAUGUUGAAACAUAAUACUAUUAAUCUAUUUAUUCUUUUCAUGUUUUGUAUGACCUGCUGUAUAAAAAAGGAUAUUGUCUUGUAUAUAUGUCAAACUAAUUAUUGACUGAGCUACGGUGAGAAUCACGUGCUGCACUAGAAACGCAUGGAAAUGCCUGAUGUUUUCUUAAGAUUGAUUCAUGCAUGCCUGGUAUUUUUAUGAAUAAAAACGUGAAACAAUGGGA